CGACCUUGUAGAAAAAUGUUACCUUGAGCAUUUCUGCGACUAACUUGCAGUUCCAAAACAUUGCUCGCCGUAGUUCCUGCUGGUUUGCUACAGUCGCGAAUAUCAUCAUACUCUAGAUUGGUUAUCGCAUACUUCACAACUCAACAUGCCAGCUCAAGGCAAAGGAAAGGGCAGUCGCCGCAAUGAGGGCGCAUCCUCAUCUGCAGCAGCGAGCGAUCCUCGUUUUGCGUCCAUGACCACAGACCCUCGUUUCCGCCUUCCCUCAGCACGACACAGCAAAGUUGGAGUCGACAAGCGCUUCACCCGCAUGUUCAAGGACGACGACUUUUCAAAGAAGUCCACGGUUGACAAGUACGGACGCAAAGUUGAAAAGGGCAAUGCGAAGAAAGAGUUGGAGCGAUUCUACAAGAUUGAAGGUGGAGAUGAUGAGGAAGAGGAUGAAGAGUCGGAGGAGGAGAGUAAGGUGCAAAAGGUGAAGGCCAAGAAGAGCAAGAAGCCGAUGAAGGAGGUCGUGGGCAGUGAUGAGGAGAGCGAGGAGGAUAUUGUUGCUGAUGAUGACGAGAUCGAGGCUGAAUUGAAGAGACUAGACGAAAGAGUCAGAGAUCCGGCGAGAGAAGGCGGUUUCUCGUCCUCUGAGGAUGACAGCAGCUCGGAAGACGACAGCGAGGACGAAGAGGUCGAGGAAGACGAAGUCGAGUUUCCCAACGAGGGAGCUGCUGAUGUGCCUCUUGGUGAAGUGUCGCAUCGUUUGGCCGUCGUCAACCUGGAUUGGGACAACAUUCGCGCCGAAGAUAUUAUGGCUGUCGCUCAAAGUUUCGCUGCUACUGGUCGCGUAGCAAAGACCGUCGUAUACCCCAGCGAGUUCGGCAAGGAGCGAAUGGAGAAGGAAGAGUUGGAAGGCCCGCCGAGAGACAUUUUCGCCAGCGCAACAAAAGAGAUCGACGAGGAUGAAGACACCGAUGACGAAGAAGAGAGAAUCAAGAAAGAGCUGCUGAAGGGAGACACUGGCGAGGAGUUUGACUCGGCAAAACUACGCCAAUACCAACUGGACCGCAUGAAGUACUACUACGCCGUCAUCACCUGCGACGCUAAGGAUACGGCAAAGUCGAUCUACGAUGGUAUGGAUGGUCGCGAAUACCUGUCUACAGCAAACUUCUUCGAUCUGCGAUUCGUCCCUGACGACGUCGACUUUGACACCGAUAUUCCUCGCGACGAAUGCACAAAGAUCUCAUCCGGCUACAAGCCAAACGAAUUCGUCACCGACGCUCUCACUCACAGCAAGGUUCGCUUGACAUGGGAUGCCGAUGACACUACCAGAAAGGAAGUACAGAAGCGUGCUUUCUCGCGUGCUGAGAUUGAUGAGAAUGACCUACAAGCAUACAUUGGCAGCGACAGCAGUGACGGCGAAGAAGACGAUACCGGUCUGAGCAAAGCUGAGCAACAACGACAAAAGAUGCGCGCUGCCUUGGGACUGUCCUCGGUGGCAGCAAAGACAAAGUCCAAGGAUGAGGGCCCGGUAGGAGACAUGCAAAUCACCUUCACCUCUGGUCUAUCGAACGCCGCCUCAAAGGAAAACGGAGUCUUCGAAAACCAACCCAUCAUCGAAGAGACAACACGCGAGAAAUACGUCCGCAAGGAAAAGGAACGCAAGGCCCGUCGCAAGGAAAAGAUGAAGGCAGCACGAAACGGGGAAACCGUAGAGGAAGCUUCCGACGACGACGCAAUCACAGAAAAGAAGUCUGCAAAGGAGACAGUGACGGCACCAGCAGACGAAGAAGAUCCAUUCAACGACCCCUUCUUCAACGAUACCGUAACAGCACAAAAGGCCGAAAAGCUAGCCCGUAAGGCCGACCGCCAAAAGAAGCGUGAAGCCCGCGAAGCAGCAGAUGCAGCCACCGCUGCUAAACGCGCCGAACUCGAACUCCUCAUGGUCGACGACAAAUCAGACAACAUGCGCCACUUCAACAUGAACGAAAUCGCAAAAGCCGAAAAGACACUAAAGAAGAAGUCCAAGAACAACAAGAAAGCCAAAGACGCCGCCGAAGUCCUUGGAAAAGAUGACUUUAGCAUGGAAACACAAGAUCCUAGAUUUGCAAAGUUGUUUGAAAGUCACGAGUUUGCCAUUGAUCCCACGAAUCCUAGAUUCAAGGGUACACAGGGUAUGAAGGCUUUGCUGGAAGAGGGCAGAAGAAAGAGAAAGGGCAGAGCUGAUGAUGACGGCGAGAGAAUGGAUGCACCGCCAGCUGAAAAGAGGGAGAAAAAGGCAAAGACCGAAGCUUCCUCUGGUGAGGACUUGAACUCUCUACUCGCCAGAGUAAAAGCAAAGACCAAGGCCAGAUAGAAAGAGCACCGGUUUUCUUUUCGCUAUUAGCAUAACUAGACAACAAGCCAUUUAUCGAUAUUUCCCAACAUCGGAGAAAUUGCAAAAUCGCAUGUGCAAGAACAAAAAAGAGGCGCUCUUGUCAUCUGUCAAGGACGCAAUGUCAUAUCCCAAGCCACAAAUAUACGCC